AUGAGCGUCAAUUUACAUCUGAGAGCCGAGACUAAACCAUUGGAAGCCAGAGCUGCCCUGACACCUUCUACCGUUAAACACUUAUUGAAUAAAGGUUUUAAAAUAUAUGUGGAAGACAGUCCUCAAUCUACCUUUAAUAUUGACGAAUACAAAAGAGCUGGUGCUGAAAUUGUCCCAGCUGGCUCUUGGGUAAAUGCCCCCAAGGAUAGAGUUAUCAUUGGUUUGAAGGAAAUGCCAGAAGAUGAUAAAUUUCCAUUAGUUCAUGAACAUAUUCAGUUUGCUCACUGUUAUAAGAACCAAGCUGGUUGGAAAGAUGUUUUGAAAAGAUUCAUUGAUGGUAAGGGUACACUUUACGACUUGGAAUUUUUAGAGAACGAUCAAGGUAGAAGAGUUGCUGCAUUCGGAUUCUACGCAGGAUUUGCUGGUGCAGCCCUUGGUGUCAAAGAUUGGGCAUUCAAGCAAACACAUGCAGAUUCUGAAGAUUUACCAUCAGUGUCACCAUAUCCUAAUGAACAAAGUUUGAUCAAAGAUAUCAGCGGUGCUUACCAGGCUGCUUUGAAGAAAGGUGCUCAAAAGCCAAAGGUUUUAAUCAUUGGUGCCCUAGGUAGAUGUGGUUCUGGUGCAACUGCAUUUUUACACAAAGUUGGAAUUCCUGACGCUAACAUUUUGAAAUGGGAUAUCAAGGAAACUUCUCGUGGUGGUCCCUUCCCCGAGAUUGCUCAAGCAGAUAUCUUUAUUAACUGUAUCUAUUUGUCACAACCUAUUCCACCAUUUAUCAAUUACCAAUUGUUAAAUCAACCAAACAGAAGAUUAAGAACUGUUGUGGAUGUCUCUGCCGACACUACGAACCCUCAUAAUCCAAUUCCAAUUUACGACAUUGCUACCGUUUUCCCUAAACCUACAGUUAGAGUGCCCACUACUGUUGGUCCUAAAUUAUCUGUGGUAUCCAUUGACCACCUACCAUCUCUAUUACCAAGAGAGGCUUCUGAAUUCUUUGCUCGUGAUCUGCUACCUUCUCUAGAGCUGCUUCCUCAAAGACACACCGCUCCAGUCUGGGUUAAAGCUGAGAAAUUGUUCAAGAAGCACUGUAGACGUGCUGAAGGUGCUAAAUUGUAA